UUCUUUUCCCCCCAACAACCUAAAUCCCAGUUUCGCGUAUACAGCUGCUCUGAGCCUUUCAAGUUAAUUGAAUCCAUCUCCAUAUUCUUUGUUCAGCCCUGACUUUGCCUGUGUCUUCAACGGAGGAAUGUGGACUUCGAUUCGCCACCACCUUACAGUACUUCCGGAGUCUCUGGAAGCGUCCCGUUGCCAUGGCGACUGUGUACGCAGCCGGUCGGCUGGCUGUCCAGAUUGUGAACAGAAUUCCCUCAAGUCGCUGCAGUUAUAGCGGUCGCUCUACUCGAGUGCCGCUGCCUCGCGAGUAGUGACUGAAGAUGGACCCACCUAAGGAGCUUCAGUCACCCUCUGGUUUCCAGCCAUGAGUAUCACCACCAACCACCAUUUCCUGAGCAGCUGCUGUGUGCUGAGCACUGUUCUGGACCCUGUGGGGGGAAUCACAAGAGAUACAAGGCACAGUCCUUGUCCUCAAGCAGCUUGUAAUUUGCUUUGGGAGCUGAAGCCCACAUAAAUGAAGCGACAUAAGAACGGUAACAAGCAGUAUUUCACUAGAAUGGGUACUAGGAAAAAGGUUCAAGCGUUUGUCCGUGUCAAGCCUACUGAUGACUUUGCUCACGAAAUGAUCAAAUACGGAGAUGACAACAAAAGCAUUGAUAUUCACUUGAAAAAGGAUAGUCGGAGGGGAGUUGUCAAUAACCAGCAGACAGACUGGUCAUUCAAGCUGGAUGGAGUUCUUCAUGAUGCCUCCCAGGACUUGGUUUAUGAGACAGUCGCCAGAGAUGCAGUUUCUCAAGCCCUUGAUGGAUACAAUGGUACCAUCAUGUGUUAUGGGCAGACAGGAGCCGGCAAGACAUACACCAUGACGGGGGCAACUGAGAAUUACAAGCACCGGGGUAUUCUCCCUCGUGCCCUGCAGCAGGUUUUUAAGAUGAUCGAAGAGCGCCCCACACAUGCCAUCACUGUGCGUGUUUCCUACCUGGAAAUCUAUAACGAGAAUCUGUUUGACCUCCUGUCGACGUUACCCUAUGUUGGACCCUCAGUCACACCAAUGACCAUUGUGGAAAACCCUCAAGGGGUCUUCAUUAAGGGCUUGUCGGUCCAUCUCACAAGUCAAGAGGAGGAUGCAUUCAGCCUUCUCUUUGAGGGAGAGACCAACAGGAUCAUCGCUUCCCACACAAUGAACAAAAAUUCAUCCAGGUCACACUGCAUUUUCACCAUCUACAUGGAGGCCCACUCUCGGACCUUGUCAGAUGAAAAGUAUAUCACUUCCAAAAUCAACUUGGUAGAUCUGGCUGGCUCAGAGAGGCUGGGGAAGACAGGGUCAGAAGGUAGAGUCCUAAAGGAAGCCACCUACAUCAACAAGUCGCUGUCGUUCCUGGAGCAGGCCAUCAUUGCCCUUGGGGACCAGAAGCGGGACCACAUUCCUUUCCGGCAGUGCAAGCUCACCCAUGCCCUGAAAGACUCAUUAGGGGGAAACUGCAAUAUGGUCCUUGUGACAAACAUCUAUGGAGAAGCUGCCCAGUUAGAAGAAACGCUGUCUUCCCUGAGGUUCGCCAGCAGGAUGAAAUUGGUCACUACUGAGCCUGCCAUCAAUGAAAAGUAUGAUGCUGAGAGAAUGGUCAAGAACUUGGAGAAGGAGCUGGCAUUGCUCAAGCAGGAACUGGCCAUCCAUGAUAGCCUGUCCAACCGCACCCUCGUGAAUUACGACCCCAUGGAUGAAAUCCAGAUUGCUGAAAUCAACUCGCAAGUGCGGAGGUACCUGGAGGGGACACUGGAUGAGAUUGAUAUAAUCAAUUUAAGGCAGAUCCAGGAGGUAUUCAACCAGUUCAGGGUGGUGCUGAGCCAACAAGAACAGGAAGUGGAGUCUGCCUUGCGCAGAAAGUAUACCCUCAUAGACAAGAAUGACUUUGCAGCCAUUUCUGCUGUCCAGAAGGCAGGGCUCAUGGAUGCUGAAGGUCACCUAGUAGGUGAGCCUGAUGGACAAAGCUUUGGACUUGGGGUUGCUCCUUUUUCUAUCAAACCUGGGAAGAAACCCAGGUCCAAGAAGAUACUGAAAGAUCAGCUCAGCUCCUCAGCAAGAAAGGAAGGUGCCAGCAGCCCUGUGAGUGGCAAGGACUUAGAUGUGAUUUCCAUCUCCAAGACCCAGCUGAUCCCAUCUUCCAAAGAUGGGGAUAUCAAAGACAUGUUUCCACGAGACAGGGAGACGUCCAGCAUUGAGCCCCUUCCCUCGGACUCUCCCAAGGAAGAGUUGCGCCCACCCAGACCCAGCACCCCACCCUCUAAACCUGUGGCCUUUGAAGAUUUUAAGAAUGAACGAGGUAGUGAGAUCAACCGCAUCUUCAAAGAAAACAAAUCCAUCUUGAAUGAACGGAGGAAAAGGGCCAGCGAGACCACCCAGCGCAUCAAUGUCAUCAAGCGGGAGAUUGAUGUGACCAAAGAUGCACUGAAUUUCCAGAAGUCACUACGGGAGAAGCAAGGUGAGUACGAGAACAAAGGCCUGAUGAUCAUCGACGAGGAGGAAUUUCUGCUGAUCCUGAAGCUCAAAGACCUGAAGAAGCAGUAUCGAAAUGAGUACCAAGAACUGCGAGACCUCAGAGCUGAGAUCCAGUACUGCCAGCGCCUGGUGGAUCAGUGUCGCCACCGCCUGCUCCUGGAAUUUGACAUCUGGUACAAUGAGUCCUUUGUCAUCCCAGAGGAUGUUCAGGUAGCACUGAAGCAGGGCAGCAGUAUCCGGCCAGGCAUGGUACCUGUCAACAGGAUUGUAUCUCUGGGAGAAGAUGACCAGGAUAGGUUCAGCCAGCUGCAACGGACUGUACUGCCUGAGGGUCCUGAUUCCAUCUCCUUCUACAAUGCCAAAGUCAAGACAGAACAGAAGCACAAUUAUAUGAAAACCAUGGUGGGCCUCCAACAGUCACACAGAAAAUAGUCUCAUCAAUAGCUUGAAGACCAGCGACUCUAGUCUGUUCUAAGGAAGCUGCUAAACCACGUGCGCUCAGAGCUCCAGCCACUCGCUCUGCUGCAAGCUGGGACCAAACCCAGAGAACACACAGUUGCCUGCCUGCUAGGAUGAACAUCCUCCAAAGGACACCCUUGCUUGUUUCCACAGAAUACUUUAGAUUUUAAUUUGCUACCACAUGUAAAAAUCAAGAUAAAAUUACUUUCUUAACUACUGAGCCAUCUCUCCAGCGAUAAAAUUACUUUCUAGUUUGG